AGUGCGGAUCGGCGUUUGAGUUCGAGUCGCAGCAAUUUCGUUGCUGACGUCGCUUUUGGAUUCGAACCCAUAAAUAUGCGCUCUCCCACAUCUCAUCUUUAACGAUCUGCAUAUUUUGGCAAUAUAAUUAACGGUGAAAAGAAUGUGAAAAGUAGCGAAACGUAACGCGAAAGCCACAAACUGAAGCAGUUAUGCUCAAAGAAAUGAUGCCCACUGGCACGCGAACGUAACAGAAAGAAAGGAGACAACAACAAACGAAAAGAAAGAAAGAGCUUAAAAAGAAACAGAAGCUAAAGCAGAAACAGAAGGUUUCUACGCCGUUCGCGCUUGCCGCUGUCUUUCAGUUCCCAAGCUCCCGUCGAUCCAAACAGUCCACUCGAACUCCCCACAAUAAUGCCAAAGGAAGUGAACAAGUGACAAAAAAAUAAAUAAUAUAAAGGGAAAAAGUUGUGUAAAAAAGGGAAAUUAUUGUUGCCGCUCACAAGUGAAAAUACACGACAGCCCAAGCUAAGCUAAGAAACCGGGCAAAUGCGGCAGAUGCUCAAAGCCGCGCUCAGGCAGCGACGCUCGCUGCUCUGCCUGUUGCUGCUGCCGCUGCAGCUGCUGCUCGCGAAUCUGGCAGCAGCGCUCACUGUGGAUAAUCAGCUGGUCUCAGCGCGAAAUGACUGCUUCGAGCGGAUCGCUUUGGAGGCAAUGCUGCCAUUUGAGAAGACCUUCCGCACCGAAGACACCAACUCGCUGAAGAUGUGCAAGGAGAAGUGCCUGCAGGCGGGCGAGAAGUGUCAGGCCAUCUCGUUCGGUGUGCAUCGACGCGGAAACGGCACAUGUCAGUUGUCAUCGGAGCAGUAUGGCGGCGGCGGCGGCGGCAGCAGCGGGCGCCCGGGUGGCGUCAUCUUCGAUCCCGACUUUGAUUUGUAUACGCGCAAAACGAAUUGCUUUGAUUUGAGCGACAAUUCGAUUGGCGCACCGAGUCCCAUCAGCACGGGCGUAACGCCCGUGAAUCUGCCCAAUCGAGCGCUGGAUGUGGGCAAUACCCCGGUGCUGGUUGUGAAUCCCACGCCGCACACCAAUCAACCCGAGGCGCCGCAGCCGGUGCCCACGCCGCCCGGUGUCGGGGAUCGCUUAUAUUUCUCCCACGAGAUUUAUCCCCUGUACAAAUAUCCGACGCUCUAUGAGCACAACUAUCCGGCGCCCAAUGAGGAGGUAUAUAUACCCGGCGGCUAUGCGGCCAAUGUGCCCGAGGUGGACGAGCGUUACAGGCCCUCCUAUGGGCCUCUCGAUGAGGAGGGCAUACGUCCCACGCCGCAUGGCCCGCCACGUCCCGUCUUUGGCCUGGGCUAUGGCAAUGGCUAUAGCUAUGGCACACCGGAGCGCUAUGCGCCCACGACUUUGCGUCCCGCAUCGGGCGAGCGUCCCAGCUAUCCUCCUCGACCGGAUUACGGCAGCGAACGACCCGAUUAUCCGCAUCCUUCGCCGUCGCGUCCAUUUGACAGCUCCACCUCACCUGGCUACGGACCACGGCCCACGUCUACUUAUGAUGGACCUGGUGAGCCACGCCCAGACUAUACCAAUCGACCCGAUCCACCGCCGCAUACAGCUCACGAUGGCGGCUAUGGACCUGGGCCAGGCUCUUCGGCGCGCCCGCCUGCCUACGACAGACCACCAUCCCCCCUACCGCCUAGAGAUGAGUAUAUGCGUCGCAACGGCAGCGCGAUGCGACCAGAUGGUUACUAUGAUGAUGACAAGACCAUAGCCACCUAUUUCAAUCCCGAGGAUUAUGUGCACGGCAACAAAAAGCCACCCAUGCCCAUGCCCAUGCCUAUGCCUGGUGACAGAGAUCGCGAUCGUUAUCCCAUGGAUGAGAUGAAUGCCUGCUUCCGGCGUGUGCUGGCCGGCAAGCGUAUCGCGCCGCAUUGGGUGCGUCGCUCCAUAUCCUGUGAGCGUGUCGAGGAUUGUAUGCGCGAAUGCGGCCACGAGAAGCGCUUCAUGUGCGAGGGCUUUAACUAUCGCCUGGAUCCUUCCGGACAUGGCCAGGGCGAUUGUGAGCUGAUUGAGCUGCCGCUGUCCCAAAUGGAUCUGUAUUCCAGCGCCAAUCGACGCGAUUCGAAUAUGCUGCGGCAUCCGGACUAUGAUUAUUAUGAGCGGGAUCGCAAUGCGCCCAGCAGCUGUCGACGCAGCGCCUGCCAGGACUGCUCCAAGGGGCCCAUCAGCAGCAAUCCCAUUUACUUUAAGCCCAGCAGCAGUGGCAGCUAUCCACCCGGGCCCAGCAGCGGCGGCGGCUAUGGCGGCGAUCGGGAACGUGAUCGUGAACGUGAUCGGGAUCGUGAUCGUGAUCAUUAUCGUCCGCAGCCGCCACACAGCAGCACAGCUGUGGAUCAUUAUCGCGGUCCGUCGGGACCAUCCAGCAGUUCCUACGAGCAUCGACCCUUUUCCACGGACUAUCACAGCUCGCAUUCCUCCAGCUCGGCGUCUUCCUCAUACGAGUUCUCCUCGCAUGGCAGCGGCUCCGGCUCCGGCUACUUUGGCCACACGCCGCCGAGCAGCUUUGGCGAUCAUUCGCGACCUGAUUACAUUGAUCGGCAUGAUUAUGCGCGUCCCGAGCCGCCGUCGCGUUAUAGGCCCGAUCGCUGGGAAACGCUGCCCAGCAGCUCGGGUUAUGACAGCUCGGCGUAUAGGCCGCCGCGUCCUGAAACGGAUCGCAUCGACAAAUACAGACCUUCGUAUCGUCCUGGCCACGACUAUUCGCCGUAUCGCCCACACGAGCCUAGUCGGCCGGCGCCCGCCGGUCCACCAGCAACAGGUCUUGCCCACAACUACCUGGAUCGCGAUGGUCCCGGCUCCGGCCCGGGACCCGCUAGUGUGUCUUAUAAGAAGCCCAACAAGUUUGUGCCCUACUUGAUUGGCGCGGAGGAGCAACUGGGCAACUAUGGCGGCGGAAAUAGCAAGCACAGCUUCUAUGAAUCGCAGCGUCGCAAGGAUCAGCACGAUUUCAACUAUUUUGAGCUGGGCUCAACGCACCACCGAGAGCCACCACGUGAGUCGAAUGCGGUGCUACGUUAUCCCGGCUCCAGCUAUGACCAGGACUAUCCACGCUUGCGCAACGACUACAGACAACAGUGGACCAGACGACCCGGACCAGAUGAAUGCUCCGCUAAGACCAGCGAAGGCUUUCGGCUGCACAAGACCGCCGUGAAGCAUGCCUUCAAUGUGCCCACACUGACGGAAUGCGAGCGUUUGUGCUCGGAUCAGCGACCGAGCUUCAUAUGCCACACGUUCAGCUAUCGGUACAACCAGGCGGGCCGCGAUAAUUGCAUGCUCUGCGACAGGCCCGUCAAUAUGCUGGACUAUUAUGUGGACAUAGAGCCGGAUCGGGAUUAUGAUAUCUAUUCCAUGGCGGAUGAUAUGGACGUGUGCAGGUCGCCGUCGCCGCCGCCACGGCGUAGCGAUGGACCCAGCACUGCACUCUCCGAUCCGCGCAAUGCACAAUGCUUCUUCCGCGCCAUUGAUGCCACGCGCUUUUUCAAGUCCAUUGUGCGGGAUUCGCUUACUGUGCGCUCUGUCGGCGAGUGCGAGAUGGAGUGCAUCCGCUCGACCAAGUUCACGUGUCGCGCCUUCGCCUUUCGCUAUGGCCAGCAGAGGCAUGCGGGCGUCAUUGAUAACUGUCAGCUGAGCGAUUGGCCGGUCCGAGAUAUGGACAAGGAACGGCAUCUGAUCCUGGAUGCUGCCUUUGAUAUCUUUGAGCGCGCCAGCUAUGGACAUGGCUGUGAAAUACAGCCCAUUAUGGAUGAGAAGCACAAGAAACUGUGCUAUCUGGGCUAUGGCUCGCCGGCGCGCCUGUUACCCCCGGCUAUCAAGAAGGUCAUCUCUGUGCCCUCGGAAAUGGCCUGCAAAAAGGAAUGCAUACGCUUCCGAGAAACGACGCCCUUCAAGUGCUACGCCUUUAGCUACGGCGCUCAGGCUAGUUCCUUCAAUUGCGAAAUGUCCGAUCUGGAUCAGACGGAGCUCAAACUGGAUGUGCACUAUACGCACACCAAGGAGCGCGAUUACUGGCUAUUCGCCUGGAAUCCAUUCGAUUGGACAUGCCGCGACAAGGUCAACACAAUUGGCGGAUCGCGUGUUAAUAACGAUAGACGCAUGGACAUAUUCCGGGAACCGGGCGACGUUGCCUGGCGCCACUAUACGGUCUCCGGCAAGCCCUGUCGACGCAGCAGUCCCUGCGAGAAGAAUCUCAUAACUGGUUUCUAUUCCUGCGAAACGGAUGGCUCCGAAAUUGGCUCCUGGGACUAUUGCUGCAAAACGGAUCAUCCCUGUGGCUACAGUCGCGGCUUCGACUAUCCCUGGUGCUUUGUGGGCGACGAGGCGGAUCAGUGGCGCAAGUGCAGCGAUCGUUACUUUCCCGGCAGCAACAACACCAAGCCAAGCACCCACUCGAGCCUGGGCCUGCUCAGCGGCAGCAAACAAAAACCGAAGCAUCAGCAGGCGACAGCGGCGAGCAGCGAAUACACACAGCAUCCGCCGCGGCCCGGCGGCCUGCAGAGUCUCAGCGACUUUGCGGCCGCCCGGCUCUGGCCCGUCACCUAUCUGUAUAGCGAGGGGCCGCCAAAUGCUACCGAGUUUAGUAAUUUCGUCGAUUGCAACAAGGAGACGUGCUAGCAGCGGCAGCACGCGACAGCUUAUUAAGUAGUUUCCCAUUAAUCAGAUUUUCCGAUAGGUUCUAAGUCCCGCUCUUGCCCCCAGCCCACGCCCCCGCCCCUUCGACUAACUUAGUUCUAACAAUGACGAAAAAAAGAAGCAUUCUCACCGGUUUGUCUGCUGCCCACGUUGCAAAUGUGUCGUUGUGAUUUUCAAUGAGAUUGGAUACAAUUUUCCGUCGUAAAAAACCAAUUAACUUAUUAAUUUUUCUUUUUACAUAUAACGUUAAUCACAGGUUCGUGCUGGCGAUAAAUCUUGUACUUUAAGUUGAAUUUAAACGUACUUUAUGUACAUGUAUGUAGAAAUAUAUGUGUAUUAAUAAAUAAAACUAGUUAACUGCGGAG